CCCAGUCCUUCUCUUUCGCUUCCUUGUCUUGUUUGCUCGUCCCCACCAGAAGGGUAACGUCCAUGGAGCAGAGGUGCUGCCUUUGUUGAGCUUUUAACCAGGGCUCGCGGAGGACCUGGCCAGGGGUGACAGCCCGAGGGGGGUGGCGGGCCGGCAGAGGCCCCCUUGGCUCCGCCCUCACCUGCCCCUUGCCCCACCUGCUCCCCCAAAUCCGGCCUCGGCUCCGCAUCAGCCGGGCGACAGAACCCACCGCUCCUGCCCGCUCCACGGGGCAAAGCCUGCGGACCUGAGCGGGGUGCCUGGGAGCCUCGGCCCUUCCCGGCGGCCGCUGCAGGCAGGGCGCCCCGUUCCGUCGCGGCGCCCCCUCCCUCACCGCAUCGGCACUGACUCGGCUGGGCCCCGCGCAGAGGGCCGGGCGGUGGAGGAAGGGAGUAAAGGCGCCUUCGACGGCGCUCCGCGGCUCCGCGUGGCGCCUCCUAGACCGGGAAGGCGGCGCGCCGGGUCCCGCCGGCUCGCGAGGGCGAAGGCGACGCGGUACCACGCGGCGUGGAGAGCGCGCAGUUGCAGCUGGGCUCCCGCGGCCCGAGGUCUCCCGCGGCCCGAGGUCUCCCGCGGCCCCAGGUCUCCCGCGGCCCGAGGUCUCCCGCGGCCCGAGGUCUCCCGGGGCCCGAGGUCUCCCGCGCUCCAAGGGCUCCGGCGGCCCGAGGUCUCCCGCGACCCGAGGUCUCCCGCGCUCUGAGGUCUCCCGUGGCCCCAAGUCUCCCGCGGCCCGAGGUCUCCCGCGCUCCGAGGUCUUCGCCCCCACCAUGAGGCUAAGAAGCCCUGCCCUGCUGCUCCUGCUGCUCAGUGGCUUGCGAGCCGGAGUUGUAGAUAUUCAAGAAGAAGAAGCCAGGGCGAUGGUGGGCAGCGAUGUCGUGCUCAACUGCAUUUACACCAAAGAAAGCAGUUUUGAUUUAAAGGACCUUUUUGUUUAUUGGCAAAUUGGUGUUGCUGACAAACUGAUGAUCGUGACUUACUACCUGCCACAGAACCGAUCCGCGCGCCAUUACAAUAACCAGUACAAGGACCGGGCCCACUUGUCACUGGACAGCAUGAAGCGGGGCGACUUCUCUCUGCAUCUGUACAAUGUCACCCCUCAGGAUGAACAGAAGUUUAACUGCAUAGUGUUUCAGAAGGCACAGAGGAUUUUGGAUGUUGUGGUCACGCUGCACGUGGCAGCACCCUAUAGCAUGCCUAUGGUCAGCACCCCCAGCGGCACCCCCGAGGGCGAGGAGCUCACCAUCACGUGCACGUCCAUGGGCGGCUACCCCAGGCCCAACGUGUUCUGGAUCAACAAGACCGACAACAGCCUCCUGGACGAGGCGCUGCAGAACAGCACGGUGUCCGUGAACGCGCUGGGCCUGUACGACGUGGUCAGUGUCCUGAGGGUCCGCUGGACCCCCAACUUGAAUGUUGACUGCUGCAUCGAGAACGUGCUGCUGCUUCAGAACCUGACCAGCAGCCAGACGGAGGAGACGGAAACGUUAAUGGGAACCAAAGACAGCAUCACAAAAAACCCCGAGGACACCCACGAGAGGCGAACCGGGGCCACCGGGACCCAGGUGGCCGUGCCUGUGGUGCUGCUGCUGGGUGCGGUCUUAGCGGCGGCAGCUGCGGUCUGGGCGUACAGGAGGUGUCCCCGCCACUGGACGUACACAGCAGGUGCUCGGGCUGCAAGACCGGAGCUGCAACUCACCGACCACGCUUGACGAGAACUCACCGCCGAGGACGUGCACGGGGCUUCCGCGAGAUGCCACCAAGAGGGACGUCGCACGGCAGCUUGAGAAUUGACUCGGGCAGGCUGGUGGCAAAGGGGGGGCCUCGGUCCCACCUGCACUAUUAACAAGGGUUCGUGGACAUGGCGCCUCUGGCUGGAGGGGACCCGCAGGGCCUUCGCCUGGAAAGACCAUACUUGACCUCGGAAGAAUGUGCUGGGUGCUGCCCUGGUCCCGGAGUGAGGCCCUUUUGCAAGGGCCAGCUGUCCUGGGGCACAUCUGACCCCAAGUGAGCGGGAGCCCCGCCUUCACUGCAACUCACGGAACAGAAAGGGGCCUGGAGGCGGCUCCUCCCCCAGCACCUCCAGCUCUUCUCACUACGCGGACCUGUGGCGAGGGGUUUUGAGAGCGGAGGGAGGGCUACUCUCUUCGGACACGGCCUCUGGUGGGCGGAGGUCCAUCGAGGGUGUUUGGAGGGGCUCCUGCAAAUGUCUGUGCCCACAUGUGGGUGCACCCCAAAUGCGGGAAGUGGUCACCACUGGAAGACUCCCAGGGUUGGCUCUCGUCCGGCAUGUUCACUAGGAAGAAAGCCCAGCCUUGUCUUCUGGCCAAAAACGGGGUUUCCUUCCUGCAGCGGCACAGCGGCAUUCUGAGAGGAGGUCUGCUGCUGGGGAUGGAGAACACGAGUUUCCAGUGGACUCGGGCUUGGACAGGUGACCAGCCAAGUCUUUCAGAUGGGGCUGUGGCGUGGAAGGAGAGGCCACUCCGGGGACACAGUAGCCUCUCAGCACGUGCAGCAAUUCCCUGGAGUGUAGGGUGGGCAGCUCCUUGCCUCCCUGCAUGGUGCCCCCCGCCUCUCACCUGCUACCCCGGGGACCUGCACGGUGUGAUGGAGACCUCGACUCAAACACCGGGUUCCUCAGAGCCCACCAGGCCCCCCGGUGAUGGGAGAUGGACAGUGGCCCUGGCCCUCCCUGGGCGGUUUCCAUGUUGUUACCUGGGAUGAACCGAGCAGUUCAGUGUUUCCAGAAGGUGCUGCAAAGGAGCGCGCCAGGUACCCAGGUACCCAGGUGUGCACACCCAGGAGAAGGGUCUGUGGCUCCACCGUGGUCGCUCCGCACUGACGGGCCCCAGACCCCGACUUGGAGCAGAAGUGACCACCAGGCUCCUUGGUGAAGCGAGUUCAACACUUGUUACAAGAAACCAUUUGUCUUUGUGGCCAAAAGCCCUCACACAGCUUUUAACUGAGUGUGAUGAAGUGCCCACCCAGACUUUUAACAUUAAAGCAUUAGAAGACGCCCGUCAGUUGUCCCUAAAAGGACAGAAGGGUCACUAACUGGCACCUGGAGCCAAGAAGCACUGGGGUGUGAGAAUGUGGGGUGCAGUGCCCAUCCUCCGAGACUGGGGCGAUGCCGGGACAGGCGCGCCUUCCCUCCCUGAGCCCGGGCUGAGGGUCCCCUCCCGCCCCCAGCCUCAGCCUGCCUUGCCGUCCUCAGCAGACCCUGAGGGGGCUGGAGGUGCUCGGGCCAGGGCCUCACCCAGGUGGAUGGGGCAGCCACGCAGGGGCCGAGGCUGGCUCCAGAUUUUCCUGCCAGAAGCCAGUGUCCUUCCUGGGGCAUUGGCCGGGCUCUCCUGUAUCUAGCAUUAUCCUCGGCCUGACCUGGACCUGGAGCCCCCAGUGGCCGAGGCCGUGCUUUCUAGGUGUGGUGUCUGCUGGGUCCUGACAGACCCUCAGCCACAGCCUGGCAGCCCCUCCCUUGGGCCCAGGGAGGAUGGGCCUGGCCUCCGGGACGCAGCAUACUUCUGCGUCCUCAAAGCCUGCACUGGUACCACCCGCCUGGUACCACCCGCCCCCCUUCAGCUGACUGGGGAUGGGCUUCACGCCUGUGUUUGACAUCUGUUCCUGCAAACUCGAUGUAAGAGAAUACAAGAUGUAAGCUGUGUGCA